GUGUCUCCCUCUUGCGGGCAGCGGAAGAAGCCAGCCAUCGGCCUCUCUGCUGCGCCAGAACCACGAGGGACCCCCGGGAGAGAGGAAGGCGGUCGAGGCCGAGAGGAAGGCCACCUCACAAUGAUAAUCCCAGUUCGGUGCUUCACCUGCGGCAAAGUCGUGGGCAACAAGUGGGAAGCCUACCUGGGCCUCUUGCAGGCGGAAUACACAGAAGGGGACGCGUUGGAUGCCCUUGGCCUGAAGCGCUACUGCUGUCGGAGGAUGCUCCUGUCACACGUGGAUUUGAUUGAAAAGUUGCUGAACUAUGCGCCCCUGGAGAAGUAGUAGUGUUGGCACCCUGGAACAGAGCCAGAAUAAGGCUGGAAGACAACCCCCCCCCCCCGGUGGAUGG